UGUGAAUACUUAACAGCAGCGCGGCCCGUUCCAGAUGUUCAGGCUGUGGAGGCGAGACGUGCCGCAGCCAGAGAGGCCGGCUGGUGACUUGCCUCUGGUCGGUUUGCCCGAACCUCCGCUGACCGUUGUCCCGAUGGGGCCAAAUAUCUCUUGGUUCCCCGAAGCCCCGCUGCUUGGGACGGACCAGCCCACCUUUCUGAUGUCCCCGGCUACGCAGGCGGUGUCUGGCUUCUUCGUCUGGACGGCCCUCAUCCUCACCUGUCACCAGAUCUACAUGCACCUCCGUUUCUACAGCUCACCAAGAGAGCAGCGCCAUAUUGUGCGGAUCCUCUUCAUUGUUCCCAUCUACGCCUUUGAUUCCUGGCUCAGCCUGCUCUUCUUCACCAAUGACCAGUACUAUGUGUACUUUGAUACAGUCAGGGACUGCUACGAAGCGUUUGUAAUUUACAACUUCCUGAGCCUGUGCUAUGAGUACCUGGGAGGAGAGAGCGCCAUCAUGGCGGAGAUCCGAGGGAAACCUAUAGAGUCCAGCUGUAUGUACGGUACCUGCUGUCUCAGAGGAAAGGCUUACUCCAUAGGAUUCCUCAGGUUCUGUAAGCAGGCCACGCUGCAGUUCUGUGUGGUCAAGCCUCUCAUGGCCAUCAUCACUGUGGUCCUGCAGGCCUACGGCAAAUAUAAAGAUGGAGACUUUAAUGUUGCCAGCGGAUACCUGUAUGUGACCAUCAUCUACAACAUCUCAGUCAGCCUGUCUCUCUACGCCCUGUUCCUCUUCUACUUUUCCACCAGGGAGCUUCUCAGCCCCUACAGCCCGAUGCUCAAGUUCUUCAUGGUCAAAUCUGUCAUCUUCCUCUCCUUCUGGCAGGGCAUGUUGCUGGCCAUCUUGGAGAAAUGUGGAGCGAUCCCGCAGAUAAACUUGCCGGAGGUUUCUGUGGGCGAGGGUACGGUCGCCGCCGGUUACCAGAACUUCAUCAUCUGCAUCGAGAUGUUUUUUGCAGCGCUGGCCCUACGACACGCCUUCACAUACAAAGUCUACAUGGAUAAAAGCCUCAAUUCAAGAGGACUUCUUCCUACAUAUGGAGAGUUUGGCCGCUGUGCCCCCAUGAAGAGCAUCUCCAGCAGCCUAAAGGAGACGAUGAACCCAGGAGACAUGGUCCAAGACGCCAUCCACAACUUCUCUCCAGCCUACCAGCAGUAUACGCAGCAAUCCACUCUGGAGCAGGGGGCGCCGCCGCCGGUUCUGCGCGCACACAAUCUGCUCGGGCCCCGCAGCGACACGGAGAAAACCCUCCUGCUCAGCUCAGACGAUGAAUUCUAGUGCAGAUCGUUUCCAGGACUUGUUUUAAUUUCUUCUCACUGCAGCUGAAUCUUAAUUGGGCUGAAACAUAGAGAGCGGAUGGUACACCACCCAGCCUGCUGAACUCUAAUCUAUGAUGGCUGUGUGCUUGUCGUCUGUGGGACCUUCAUGCUGAAACAUUUCUGCAACACCCAAUGUCUUAUUUUGUGGUAACACACAAUGCUGAUUUAGUGCUUGGACAGUUGAAAUCCUCAGAUAGAACCUUACUUUUAUAUUUUUGCGGAUUGUUGCAAAUAUUAUUUUUUCUCAUCCGAUUGUUUGCCCUAGAAAUGUUAUGGCAGAUAGAGGAUAUUUGUAGAUAUUAUCUAUAUUUCUCUAGUAAUUCUACCUAAUGCAAAAGCAGGGCUGCUCAGAGGUGCAGUCAGUUGCACUGCAGCCUUGCAGAAAGAAGGUUCCGAGUUUAAUUCCCAGCCCAGGAUCUUUCGGCAUGGAGUUUGCAUGUUCUCCAUGAGCAUGCGUGGGUUCUCUCCGGCUACUCCCACAGUCCAAAAACAUGACCGUUAGAUUAAUGGGCUUCUCCAAAUUCUCCUUGGGUGUGCAUGGUUGCUUGUCCUGUUUGUCUCUGCGUUGCCCUGUCCAGGGUGUACGCCUCUCACCCAAUGACAGUUGAAGAUAAGCACCAGCACCCCUCGUGACCCCGCUUGGGAUAAGCGUGACUGAAAAUGGAUGGAUGGAUAAUGCAAAAGCAACCACACCUCUCACAUUGCUUCUCUGCUUGAGUCAACCCGUCCCCAUUCCUGUGCUGCAUUACCAUCACUGUUAGGUGUCCUGACAAAUGCCACAUUGGCUCCAUAUUUAUUAAAUAUAUUAAGAUUUUAUAGAUAUUAUAGUUUUUAUUUCAUCUUUAAGUUAUUUUAAUUAUUUUACAUGCAAAAAAAAAAAAUAAUCUACAGAAUGCUUUGGCUUAUCUUAAAUCUAGAUUGAUGAGCCUAGAGCUGUUUCCAGCAUCAUGGGUCAAAGAAUAUGGAUUGAUAAUCAGUAAAGAUCUCAGCUAAUUGGUGGGCUGGCUGCCAGGUCCAAUGCUAAGGUCAUCAGCAACGAUCCAUGUCGUUAUUGAUAUUAACACAAGGGAGGGCGGCAAAGAUUGCUGGAGCUGGUCCGCUGCGGGUUGGCUAAAGAGAUUUAGGUCAGAGCAGACUGCUGAUGUCAGCUCGUGUUUUUGGCGCUUUUAUUAAAUUUUAAAACAAUAAACUAUUUUUUUUUUUACCACAUUUAUUUUGGAAAUAACUUAAAAUCUGCCCUUUUGCACUAAAAUUAUACAGUCUCUGUAAAACAAUGAUUUUGUUUUUCAACUUUAAAUCUGAGCAGUUUAACCACAUGGUCCUGAUUGGCUCUGAUUAACAUGUUUCCAACUGAGUCUGCACUCGCCCACGGUAACCACUGCCGGUCGGCUUUACUAAAUCUUUCUGUUUCUCUGAGAACCAAGGGUGUAACUUUAUUUAUUUCUUAUCCUAACAUCUGGAUAACAAUGCCUUGUAGUUACUGUAGAAAUGUCAGAAAUGUUAGAUUCAGUUGGAAAGUGAAUAUUUUGGUGAGGGGGGGGGCUGUGUUUAAAACCACCCCAGUUCUCCCACUGAUUCUUUUCAUGUGGUUGUUUAGAUCCCAGCAUAAACAGCUGCCUUUCUUUUUUCUACUCAUUAUGGGAUUUCUUGAGUCAUCUGAAUGAGUCACGCUGAAAAUGCCAACUUGUUUACUUGUUAGUACUUUCACUUCUCUGCUGUAGCUCAGUGUGACCACCAGAGGGCGCUCUGGAGGGGACCAACCUAAAGUGAUCCCAGACCUCAGUUUUGGUAAAAGGAGAACAGCAAAAGGUCUGGAUAUUUUAUAACUGUGUUUAUUGGAGAAAAGAGGAAAUCCCUGCUCUUUUAUUUAGUUGGAGCCUGAUGUUAUGUUAGCUAUAAACAGGAAAGAGGCACAUUGGAGCUGAAGCCCAUUUUAGAUCUAUAUAAACCAGAUCAUUUUAAUGCUUAUUUUUGGAUUUCUAUGUUUUCAUGUUUAAAAAUAAAAUAAAAAUGUCUGUUUUAAUCCCAGAAUUCCCUCCUGAUUGUUUCCCUUCACUUGUUUCUCUGCAGCGUUCUUCUGUAAUGUUUGUUUAGUUCUGAGGAAGCUGCUGUUUCCCAUCAACUUUAAGUGC